AUGUCAGCAAUUCCUCCUAGUGAUGCUCCUGUGUUACCCUCUAGCUCCAUGUCAAGCAUUGACUUAGAAGACCAGAAUCAGUUCUCAAGGUUGUCUGAUGAUGUUUUUGUUGGUUGCUUCAUGUCAAUGUCAUCAACUACAGUGGUGGUGAAACUUUUAGUUAAGAAAAACAGUAAUAAUGCUCUUAAUGGUCAGGUCACUAUAGGGACGCUCAUUUUUCAGAUUUAUAUUACAGUUAUGAACUGGUUUCUCUUGGCUGCUGCCCUUCUUCUUGUCACUUUCAUUACAAGCACUGAUGAUAUUGGAACUGCAUAUGAGGUCGGAGUGAUGAUGAUGACCACCGUCUUAGUAAUCCUUGUUAUGCUUCUCAUAUGGCAGAUCAACAUCAUUCUGGCUGAUGACAUUGUCAACAAAUCUGUUUGGUGCAUCUCUUUUAAAACAUGGUCAAUCGUGCCAUGCUUCCUGAAUCGGAUGGUGCAACUGUCAUCUCAAAUGACAGUAAAAGAUGCUUUGAACUCUGCUCUUGUUGAGGAAAUGGCUGCUGGUUCUAGUAUCUUUAUCAUGGGUGAAGAGGUUGGAGAAUACCAGGGUGCAUAG